GGUGGGCGUGGCCUAGCGGCGUGACUUCUUGGAGGCACUGGCAGCCCCAGACUCGGAGAACUGGGCCGAAAAGGUGGUGGGCCAUGGCGUCGGCAGUGGCGGCAGCGGCAGCAGUGCGGACCCGGAUCCUGCAGGUUUCCUCUAAAGUAAGCUCCACAUGGUACCCAGCGUCCUCCUUCUCUUCGUCGUCGGUGCCAACUGUAAAACUCUUCAUUGAUGGGAAAUUUGUUGAAUCCAAAAGUGACAAAUGGAUUGACAUCCACAACCCAGCUACCAAUGAGGUCAUCAGUCGGGUCCCUCAAUCCACCAGAGCGGAAAUGGAUGCAGCUGUUGCGGCCUGCAAACGUGCUUUCCCUGAAUGGGCAGACACGUCCAUUUUAAGCCGUCAGCAGGUCCUGCUCCGCUAUCAACAACUUAUUAAAGAAAACCUGAAAGAAAUUGCCAAGUUAAUCACACUGGAACAAGGGAAGACUCUAGCUGAUGCUGAAGGAGAUGUGUUCCGAGGCCUUCAGGUGGUCGAGCAUGCCUGUAGUGUGACAUCCCUUAUGCUGGGAGAGACCAUGCCAUCUAUCACCAAAGACAUGGACCUUUAUUCCUACCGUCUGCCUCUGGGGGUGUGUGCAGGCAUUGCACCAUUUAAUUUUCCUGCCAUGAUCCCCCUUUGGAUGUUUCCUAUGGCUAUGGUUUGUGGAAAUACUUUCCUAAUGAAACCAUCAGAGCGAGUACCUGGAGCAACUAUGCUUCUUGCUAAGUUGCUUCAGGAUUCUGGUGCCCCCGAUGGAGCUUUGAACAUCAUCCACGGACAGCACGAAGCUGUAAAUUUUAUUUGCGACCAUCCAGACAUCAAAGCAAUCAGCUUUGUGGGCUCCAACCAGGCAGGAGAGUACAUCUUUGAAAGAGGGUCAAGAAAUGGCAAGAGGGUUCAAGCCAACAUGGGUGCCAAAAACCAUGGGGUAGUCAUGCCAGAUGCCAAUAAGGAAAACACCCUCAACCAGUUGGUUGGUGCCGCAUUUGGAGCUGCUGGCCAACGCUGCAUGGCUCUUUCAACAGCCAUCCUUGUAGGAGAAGCUAAGAAGUGGCUGCCAGAGCUGGUGGAGCGUGCCAAAAAUCUGCGAGUCAAUGCAGGAGACCAGCCCGGAGCUGAUCUUGGCCCUCUCAUCACCCCCCAGGCCAAAGAGCGAGUCUGCCGUCUGAUUGACAGUGGAACAAAAGAGGGGGCUUCCAUCCUUCUGGAUGGGCGAAAAAUUAAAGUCAAAGGCUAUGAAAAUGGUAACUUUGUUGGACCAACCAUCAUCUCCAAUGUCAAGCCAAGUAUGACCUGUUACAAAGAGGAGAUUUUUGGCCCAGUUCUUGUGGUUUUGGAGACAGACACAUUGGAUGAAGCCAUCAAGAUUGUAAAUGACAACCCAUAUGGAAAUGGAACUGCCAUCUUCACCACCAAUGGAGCCACUGCACGGAAAUACUCUCACAUGGUGGAUGUCGGACAGGUGGGCGUGAAUGUCCCCAUUCCAGUGCCUUUGCCAAUGUUUUCCUUCACCGGCUCUCGAUCUUCCUUCAGGGGAGACACCAAUUUCUACGGCAAACAGGGCAUCCAGUUUUACACUCAGCUAAAGACUAUCACAUCUCAGUGGAAAGAAGAGGAUGCUACUCUUUCCUCACCUGCUGUAGUCAUGCCUACCAUGGGGCGUUAGAAGCAAGUUCUUCAAGACUCAAUACAAUCUGAGUCAUUUCCCGUCAUUCUUGGCCACCUUCACUUGCCAUCUUUGCUCAAAUCAGAUCCAUGAUAAUGGAAUAUGAUGCAACUAAACUCUUUCUUAGAACUGCUAGUCCCUUCAAAGUAGUAAGGAGACGGCAGGGAAACACUAGUGCUGUCUGCACUUGCUCUCUGUACUUCUGUUCUGGAGGUAACUUGUAAUUGUGAAAUGCUUACCUGGAGUGAGAGCUGAGAACUGUCUUCUAACAGUUCUUCUAAUGACUUGGAAAGGAAUGCCAGUGUAGGGACAGAGUUCCCAAUAAUUGGAAGAACUCUUGGAUAGGGAAAUAGGAAGUAACAGUUCACCCUCAGGUUGAGCCUCAAACACAGCCCUCCAUCGAUUCUCACACUUUAUGUUUUCUCUUAUCCCAACAUUGUGACAACUGCUGCUUCUCUGCUCAAUGCCACUUUCUUCUUGUUUUGAUUCAUGACCACUUAAUUCUAUCAUUGUCCAUAUUCUUUUCUUAAAAUACUUCUCAAAGAUACCUCAGGACGCAAACAAUAUGUUAGCUUUUCGUUAUGUGUGCCAUGUUUCAUGGUUCACUUCAGCAAUCAUUAUCAAUACUCUAGCCAUUAAUACAGAUGCAAAUAAAUCCUUAGAAAAAUUAUAUCGCAAGUUAUUUUUUACCCAGAAAUCAAAGAAUGUUCCAAUCAUGAAAGUGGGUAAGAUUCUUUGCCUUAAAAAGCCUAACCUAUUUUUUAUUUGCCAAAUUUUGUGUUAUUCUUUCUUUUGCCAGCAUUUCUCAUUAGUUGAUACUUUUUAAUGAAAGAUCUUUUCAUAUAGAAUAAUCGAUUCGGCUACAAGAAACUUACAAGUUUCCAUGCUUUGACAGUAUUUGGCCAUCACUUCUUCAACUGUCUUUUAACUUGCCUCUCUGAUGAUCUAAACCUUAAGUCAGAAGAGGCAUCUGUGCUGAAUAGAGUAGUUUCUGGCUGUCUGACCUGUCUGAAGCCCAGCUUUCUGAACUAGACAGCUGCUUGCUCUGCUAGCUUAAUCCUCAGUGCUGAGUGAGCUGUGGUACCAAUCAUUUAUUUUCCUCUGUUCUAUAGUCACGUGGACAGUGCUGCUCUGGUCCAUCAGGUUAUUUGGUGAGUUAAAAUAAAGGUGGUGAAAAACCUUGAAAAUUCCUACUCUGUGGGCAUAAGAUUAUUAGGGUAUCCUCAUCUGGUAGAAUUCAGAGCCUUCAAUCAUUUUAACAAAAUACAACUCUGAUUUUUUUGUUUUCCAUCCUAAAGUCAAGUAGAAACUUGUAGUUUGUGAUUAUAACACCCUGUGUUUUCUUAUAAAACAUAGUUCAUACCUAAUUCAAUCCAACAACUUUGGGCUGGGUUGAUAAGUGGUUAUUAUCUAAAUUCCAAACAGAAUUUAAUUACAAAAAAUCUAAUAUUUUCAUUAGAUAUAAAGGACAGUACUUUUAAAAACUGCCGACUAAUCAAAAUUGUGUUACUUUAAUUAGAAUCAACUGAUUUGGGCAGCUACUUAUGCUCAAAGAGUUUGUUUCUUAGAUGAAAUUUACAGUUCUAUUCAGGUUAGUAUCACUAAAACAGAUAACCAGCAUUUUCCUUUUUAUUCUUUUAUGAUCUCAUUUGAGUUUUGUCAGAUUAUGUACUGAUUAUGAAUAACCAAGUACAAAUAAAAAGUUCUUAAGGAAAAAAAAGCCCUUGGAAAAAAAUGGUCUUUUUCUUCCUUUGUUCUCCAGGUUACAGUGGUUUCUGUGUCUGAUAUAUGCUCAAAGCCAAGAACUGCAAGGAUAUUCUGUCUGUGCUCCUAUAAAGACAGGAGGGCUGAGGGUUAGCUCCACAGGGAGACACAAAGCUUCAUUCACCAGCACUGAAAACAGUAAUGCAAUACACAUUUUGACUAAGCCGCCUAUUUCAGAAAGAAAUCUAUAGGUUCUUCAGGUACAUAUAAUAUGCCUUAUUAGUAUGGACAUUGUCACAAAAUUUUCUAUCGUCUCUUCCUUAAGAGCUGCUUGGGUAGUAGAGAACUGUGAACUAGCCAGACAUCAUAUAGUGAAAGGUUAACAAUAGUGUAUUGUCUGAUUAGAUAGCAGAUUCCUUACUCUGUCAAAGUCCUGUAAUCCUUUAGAAAUAACACCAGGUGACAUCAUUUUAUUGGAGUCUGAUACUGGAGCUUGCUGGGUGAUGAAGGUUUGAUCUGGAAGGUUAAUUUCAUCCCUAUAAUGACAAAAUAGUGCUGUCAACAGUCAUACAUGGAAUUUGGUUCAGAACAACAGACUUGCUAAAUCAUUCUCACUUAACUCCAGCUCUGAAAUAUCCACAAGGGACACUGUGAUCAGGCUUUUGUUCGUAACUCUGGCAGGAGAACUCUUACCCAGUUUCUUUCAUUUCUUCACUGUCAGGAAUAAUAUGGUCUGGAACAGGAGGCUUAGAGCUCUGCUUGUAUUUCCUGUGAUGGAUAAACAUCAAUAAACAAAUGAGGCCAUGUC